AUGCAAGAGAUCCUGAAGAGUUUCCUUCCAGAUGACGACCUAACUCCGGAGGCUCUGCGUUCUCUUGCGCAGCAAUGCCGCCAUCAAAAGACCGCUAGACCGCAGCCGAAUAUCUCAUCCAUAUCUACACACUCAACCACAGGCGCCCCCUCUCCACCCAUUUCCGAGUCUGCAUUUGUGGCUCCUAGUCCUCGAGAGAAUACGCGGGAUACAACAGACGAGAAUUCUCGGGAAAGCUGUGAUGUUGGGCCGAACCCGGGAGACACUGUGUUGCAGGAUGCUAUUUGCUUUCAUCAAAAGCUAGGAUGCUUACUAGCAGAUUCUCUGGGGGAAUACCGCUAUAUGGGACCCGAAUCAGGAUUGUCCUUCAAUGCUGCUAUUCGACGCCUCACGGGAGACGAAAUCUACACACCAGAAUCACCGGAUGUUAUCCCCGGGAUGGUGACAGCCGCCAUGCCUAUUCCGAGUCCUCGAUCCCAGCAAAGUGGAGCAGACUUGCCCCCUUUGGAAGAAUGCCAGACAUCCGUCAUGCGCUAUUUUGAGGAGGUACAUUGCCUCUACUGGCUUUUCUCCUCAGAUAGAUUCCACAUUCAGCUAGAGAAGACGUAUCACACUCCCCUUGAGAGCCUAACAGCCUCCUGGUUAUGUUCACUCUACUCAAUCCUAGCAAUCGUCCACAUUGACUCCAAUGGCUCUGGGGACCGCAUCACAGCAACAGAGUACCUCGAACAAGCAAAGGCUUAUGUGCCCUCAGCAUGUGAUGAAGGAACGCUCGAUAGCGUUCGAGCCAUGGUACUCCUGAUACUACCGCUUGGCUCCCAUACUCCUCCAGACUAUUUGGCAGCUUGUAGCAGUCUUAGUCAGUUGGCGAAAACUGCGCGCAACAAAGUUUACAAUACGCCAUUUCUGAGUGGCCAGCGAUUGGAGAUGAAAGUCAUCAAAGAAGCCAUAUCCUCUUUACAAGAAUGGGCAGACACUCUUCCCCCUCAUCUCAGAAUGUCUGACACAAUAUCCCCACGCCUCUUCUACAGACCUAUCACACUCCUCCAUUUGAGGUAUCAUGGUGUCCGGCUACUUAUCACACGGCCCUUUCUUCUCUACGAUGUUAUAUGUCAAAAGACCAUGUAUGGAAGGGGUAAGCUCCCGGCCCUUGAAGCACUGAGUACUCUCUGUGUCAGUUCUGCAGAGCAUAUGCUAUCCAUUCUCCUGGAAAUGGUCGUUGAGAAUACUUUUUCGAGGUUAAUUGCCUUGGACUUCUUUUUCGCCUUGGAUGUUCUGCAAAUUUUACUUUCCGCAUUUGCUCUCUCAAGGGGGGAGAAGGAGCUCACCAAUGUGCGCAAAUGUCUCCAGGUACUUCAGACCAUGGGAACUACAGGGUAUGGUGAGAACAUGAUCUCCGAAGUGAUAUUUGAAUUAGUGCAAUGGGGGAUGAUCCCAAACACUUCUGGUCCUUCACAUUCUGAGCAAAGUGGAGAAGUACCUGUGACGGGGGUCGAUGCCCUGAGCGACACUUAUAAUUUUCUGUUCGGGAUGUCUGAUGCUACGAUUGAUCUCAGUUCAUUCCCGAUAUUCUCGGGUUUGGAUCUUCCCCAGUUAGGAGUUGAUUUGAGCGGAUUGGAAAAUGACACUUCCAUACAAUAA